AUCCACUGCACUUCCUCACAAAAAACAAAUCAUACUUCCAGCAAUCCUAUAUCCCGGAGGUUUCCAACUUCAAGCUUCCUUUGCCCGAACGCCUUCCAGCACCAACAGUCCACACCGAUCAUACAUGUUGUGGCCAUACUGGCGUUUCCUGAGCCGUCAAAAAAUCGGCCAGCACAUUUAUCUAUGACGGAACCUCAAACUAACUGGAAGCGCCUUGAUAGGAUCACCAUUUUAGUUUCUUUUCCGACGCUUGCUGAAGUCAAGGUAGAUCCUGCAUCUGGGUCCGUAAGCUGCCCUAUCUCCUCCCCCAACCCAUACCUCAACCACCCACAACACCAACAGCAACAGCGACCCCCUCCUCGAACCAACCCACCAGCAAACAUCGCUAAAGUGGCCAAAUACCCACCCAGAACACCGCGGGUCAGUCCACCACCCCAUUUACGGAACUAACUCGUCAGGCGCCACACAUAUGCUCCUUGCUGGGGCUUCGUUCCCUCGUGGUGUACCGUCCUGCGCGCUCCCCCGCGAUCUAUAACGGACUGGAAGGACUAAUACUCGUUGGAGUGUCCCGCCUUUCGAACAGAAAUGCUUGCAAUGGAAUUUUUCCUAUUUUUGUUUUUGACUUGAUGUUAUUGGGAAUAAUACUGUUACGGCAACUUUGACAAUCUACAGUAAGAGCCAGUGACUAACUAGUAUGAGAGGUGAUAAAUAGCACAGCAAAUUAUAUGAAAUAUCGUUUGCUUCAUAUGGGCUCGAUACCAGUAAUCUCAUACUUUAUGUUGCAUUGGGAGUUAUUUGUAGACUGGGCUCCAUAGGCUGACUUAGGGGUAGUUACGAUUGUAGCUUGACCUGCUGUACGGUAGGUAUGAUACGACAGAUAGCAUCAACAAUCUGUACAGGUAACAGGGCUAGACAUAGCGGAUUUCUAUGGUAAAAUAUUCACUUCAAGAGCAGCAUACCAAGGCGGUUGUGAAUCUCGUGAAUCCACAGAUGGUCAUAAAUGGAUCCAGUGGGAGGGAGAGUCGGGAAAGGAAAAGCGAAGUGGAGCCUCGGAGCGAUAUUCCCAUCCAGAAGAUCAUUGGAAGUUUUGGGGAGGAUAUGG